UUUCAGGUGAUAGUUUGAAAUGUCAUUAUCUUUUCGAGAAAAUAAGUUCGUAAUUCGAGCGUUUAUUCUCUACGAAGCACUUGACAAAAAACCAAUUCAGGAGUCUUACGAUAAUUUCUGUAAAAAAGUUGGCAAUGACGUCAUGACACAAUAUGAUUUUGAUUUCUGGUUCUAUCGAUUCUACCACGGAAAUCAUGACUUGCUCUACGAUAGAAGCGCCGAUCCAGUUCCAAAGUCCUUGCCGAACAUGCCGCUCAACAUUAUCAGCGAAAUCUUGGCCCACCUGGAUAUUAUGGAUUUAUUGGUCAUGAUGAAAGUGUCACGAAACUUACGGAGCGUUGUUCAAGCCAAAGUAGAUGUGGUUGAUUCGAUUGGGGUACGCUUUUUUGAAGGAAAGAAUGCGAAGAUUGUUUAUAACGACCGCUUCAUUAUCACGUAUGAGCCUAAGGGUGGCGGUUGUACGGUAAUCUAUUUUGACAGUUAUGUCAACGAAGAUGAUUAUUUCUUGGAAGAAUAUGACGAAAGGAGCAACAAAAAAGAAAUAUUUGUGCCUGGCAAAGACUAUUUAGAGCUAUUUAACAAGGAUCUCAAGUGUUUGCUGGAAAAUCGAAAAAUUCAAUUGGAAACAAUUGAAUUCACUUUUGGAACUGGAAAAGAACUCUGUGAAAAAUGCAUGAACGGCAUUGUGGAAGCCCUCAAAUCUGCGAAAAGCUUAACGUCAAGAACUGUGAGAAUAUGGCCUUUUUCGUUUUCAGAACUUGCACAACUAGUGGCUUUCUUUCCAGCUGAAACACUGGAAGAAAUAUAUUUUGCUGGAGAGAAAGAUACCGGAUUUGAGCAGCUGGUCAGCUUGGAUCAAUGGAAAAAUGCUAGAAAAUUUGACGCAGAUGGGAAGCUGAGUGUUCCAAUAGAGCACUUUUUGCAUUUCGAGUGGUUUGAAGUUUGCCUGGCAACAUUCACAGAAAGUGAUGCGAUGAAAAUUCGUGAUAUGAUCGAUAGAUCCACUCACUUUGGUCAUGCUGAGAUUCGCUCUAAGGAUAUGAACAUCAGCGAACUGAUGAGAGUCUUCGCUGCGCACAAUCAGAACCAAAACUUCGCAUACGAAACUCCGGAUAAAAGAUUUUUCAAUGUUAAAAUUUAUAGUUAUUUGUUCCGAAUCACAAAGUUGAGCUACAGAUACGAUUACAACGAUUGGCUCUGAAAGACUAUCUCUGUAUUUUUCAAUUUUUUAUAUGCUUUUACACCUAUUUUUUCACAAUAUAUGAUUCAUUUUUGUUUUAU